AUGGCCGAAGAUGCCAGUAAUGAUUACUGGUCGCUCUUCCUGAGGGCCUCCAGGAACAACAUAGAAAUGAGGGAACUGAAUCGAAACGAGAUAAAACUAAGAAGAACAGAGAAAUCGGACCAGUGCGCAGCCGCGCAAGGUCAAAAGGGGCUGAAAGAAAAGGUUAUGAUGCUAGAUUCGUUUGAGAGUCCACAAGUGUUCUGUGUUGUUACUGAAUUUGCUCAAGGUGAAUUGUUUGAAAUUCUUGAAGAUGACCAAUGCCUUCCUGAAGAUGAAGUGCAGAAAAUCGCAAAGCAAUUGGUGAGUGCAUUGCACUAUUUGCAUUCCAACCGUAUAAUUCAUCGUGACAUGAAGCCACAGAAUAUCCUGAUUUGUGUAAGGGGUGUCGUUAAGCUAUGUGAUUUUGGUUUUGCACGUGCUGUGUCACAUAAUACAGUUGUUUUACGGACUCAUAAAGACACUCCAUUGUACAUGGCCCCAGAACUUGUACGAGAGAAAUCCUACGACCAUAAUGUUGAUCUGUGGGCUCUUGGGGUUAUUCUGUAA